CAUGCGCGAACGUGCAUCCUGGGUUAAAUUUCAACGUGUUGGAUGAGACGGAUAACCUGUCUUUCUUUUCUUUUGGGUCUUUAACGUGAUCAAAUUUUAGCUUGAUCAACGAUGAAUUUGAACAAAUUUUGGAGAUCAGUCAUGAUGAGUUGAUGAAAGCUCCAUUGUGCGUGUGUGUGUAGGUGAACUGUUUUAAUUGACAAUUUCUGACAAAAUUCCGAAUCAAGGAGAAGAAAAAAGUGCAGCUGACGUACAUGUAGCAAGGAGCUAGGGGCAUCGUCCUUCCCAGUGGAUUUUUGUAAUCAGCCGGACCCAUCGAGUGUUUAACUGCGGAAUAACAGUAGUGCAUUCCACGCCAUCAUCAUGGUGUUGUCCCAGAGACAGAGAGAGGAACUAAACAAAGCCAUCGCAGACUACCUGCGAUCUAAUGGCUACGAGAAUGCCCUGCACGAGUUUCAGAAGGAAGCGGACAUGCCUGGAGAUGUUGAAAGAAAGUACAAUGGCCUCCUGGAGAAGAAGUGGACAUCGGUCAUCAGACUACAGAAGAAGGUCAUGGACCUGGAGUGCAAGCUGAACGAGACAGAGAAAGAGUACACCAUGGGCGGGCCAACCAAUCAGAAGCGUUCGCCGACAGAAUGGAUACCGCGGCCCCCAGAGCGUUAUGCACUGACUGGCCACCGCAGCACAAUCACCAGGGUCGUGUUCCAUCCCAUCUACAGUGUGAUGGCCACGUCCUCAGAGGACGCCACGAUAAAGGUUUGGGACUACGAGACGGGAGACUUUGAACGCACACUGAAAGGUCACACAGAUAUAGUGCAGGAUAUAUGCUUCGACCACACAGGGAAACUACUAGCCUCCUGCUCGGCUGACAUGACCGUCAAGCUGUGGGACUUUCAGGUCUUUGAGUGCAUCAAGACGAUGCACGGCCAUGAUCACAACAUCUCCUCCGUCAGCUUCAUGCCCACCAGCGACUUUGUGGUGUCGGGCUCGCGGGACAAGACCAUCAAGAUGUGGGAGGUGGCCACAGGCUACUGCGUGAAGACCUUUGUAGGCCACAGGGAAUGGGUGAGAAUGGUCAAGGUGAACCACGAUGGCUCCCUGCUGGCUAGUGCUUCCAAUGACCAGACUGUGCGAGUCUGGGUGGUAGCCACCAAGGAAUGCAAGUUGGAACUGAGAGAGCAUGACCACGUGGUGGAGUGUGUCAGCUGGGCUCCCGAAUGCGCCCAUCCCACCAUCAAUGAAGCCAUCGGUGCAGAGCUAACUGUGGCUAACAAUAUUGACGGCAAGCCGACAAAGAAGAACCAGCGAUCAGGGCCAUUCCUGGUGUCAGGAUCACGAGACAAAAGCAUCAAGGUCUGGGACGUCAGCGCCGGUGUCUGCAUCAUCACCCUGACUGGACAUGACAACUGGGUGCGAGGUGUGCUCUUCCAUCCUGGCGGCAAGUACAUCAUCAGCGCGUCCGACGACAAGACCAUCAAGGUCUGGGACUACAAGAACAGGCGCUGCCAGAAGACGCUCAUCGCCCACUCCCACUUUGUCACUUCACUCGAUUUCCACAAGUCUGCCCCCUUUGUCAUCAGCGGCAGUGUGGACCUAACCGUCAAAGUGUGGGAGUGCCGUUAAUGAUGCAAAGGCAACUCUCGAUACCCACAUAUUAUAUACAUGUAUCUCGAAACGGUAACCUUGGAAGCACGCCCAGAGGAAAUAACGUGAAAAAUCUUUAAUACUAAGAGGCAUGCUUGCACGAUGGGCUGUUGUCUAAUGACCCAACAUAGAAUGGUGGGCCCUCCCCCUAUUUAGAAAUGGUAUCAGUACUUGUGAGGAUUGUGGCUCAGUGGCGGCAGUGUGGGAUGCGCGCGCGGGAACGUAACUCGUGUGAGCGCGGAUUCCAACUCCGAAUGCGUAUUGUAGCACUUGGUUUUCAUCUCGCAUUGGCUGUCGGCUGUGUUUAGGCCCAGGGGACAACUUGACGAAGGACUGUUUGUGUUAGUAACUCGUGGUUGCAAAUCCCGACCUGGGGUUGGCUCACUCGCUGGCACCAAAGCAGUUGCUUCUCAGGUUUUGGGGGGUACUGAGUUGAAACACAGGUUGCAUUGAGGAAUGUAAGGCUUAAUUUCAGUGACGGCAGAACAACCUUUUUCAUGGGAGUGCUUGAACUCGCAUGCUACUGUUGUCUUGACUUCCCGCAUUACAAGUCAGGCGGUCCACAACUGACCAUGUGCAAGUUGUAGAAAAGGACUAGCCUAAAGCAGUCAUUGCUCAAAGCGUGCUUGCCCAAAUGGAUAUUCAGGUCUGCCGCGCAGCUUUCAGCAAUGCCGUUCUUGGAGAAUCCCUAACUGGGUGACAAAUCGCAUCUGGGCACCAUGUUGCAUCUUUAUGACUUCCAACAGCUUAUAACUGCACUAUGACAGUUCUUGUUGCAUCAGCGGACCAGUCUUUGGUGUGCCCACUGUACUGAUACCAUUCCUAAUCGGGCCACAAGCGUUAUCUGGGCAACUUGUCUUACAAAGGGUACAACGUUAUUAAUUAUAGGCUUGACUGUGUUAAAAGCUGCUAAUAAAUGUGCAACACGUAUAGCAACAUUCUCCUAAGUUCUACAAAAUGUCAGACGUUAAAAAAAGACAUGUAUUUAACUACGCCAUACUGACUCAAUUGUCAAAAUUUUGUGGAAAUUUCCUAGUAUAUGUAUCUGGUGCACUUUUAGACCAUCAACCUGUACAAUUUUGGAACUUCUUGCUUGAUUCACUUGUCAUGCACAGUUCAGUUGCAGCGUAGUUGUUGAAAAUGCUGCCAGGAGGUUAGAAUUCAAGCGUUGCGCUGAAGUUCGUCACUAUCUAAUCUCACCGUGACUGUUCUGGCACAUUUCAGUCAUGUACUUUUGGUAAAAUGCUGCUCUACUGAAGAUUAGUAACCGUAGCUGUGCUUCAUUUUUCCAAAACUCUUACAUCCAACUUUCCCAUUUGACCAUCGUUUGGAGGGUAUUGUUUCCUUCAUUCAUAAUUGCAACUGAAAAACUAUUGUAAAUUUUUUUCUUCCCCCAAUAAUAUAAAGCUAAUGACUUAAGAAAUGAUAUCUCAUAUUUUUGGGUUCCAGUAAGAUAUUGUGUAAGUGUAUUAUAUCAAUAUGCAAACAAAAGGUCAAGGUUCAGUGGGCGGAGUCAAGUAUUUAUCUAAUGUUAUCUAUAUAAACGUGUACAUUCAGCUAGGUGUUUGUAUGACUACUGCAGACUGUAUUUUGAUCAAUGUAACAUGCUGUAGGACCUCUGUUUUCGUUAGCCUAAACUUUUUAAAAAGAGAGCAGUUUGGCAGUGUUCGGAACCCCCCCUCUUGGAUUUCUGAAACUGAAAAAUAUUCGGACAAAUGUUUUGGUGGAAAAAUCUGAACACUAAAAACAGCUGCCGUUACCUAAGAGUCCCAGUGCACGGCAUUAACUGGGCUGAAAAGCUGACAGACAGAGUAUCAGAAUUCCAAACUCUGCAGAUGUGGCCAUGUGUUUCCGAGUUGAAGUUUCAAAUACUCGGAUACGGAAGCCCAAACUGUUUUUUUUUGCCCGGGCUUUAGUACAAAUUUGACAAAGUGUCAAGAAUGCUGAUCUAAAUGAGCAAGUAGAGUUUCCAGAUGAAAACGUGACAUUGCCCUGCUGCUCUCUUUUGAAACUCAUCCAUUUUUGUUUUUGAGCUGUUAUACUUGGACUUGUGAACACAGACAACAGAGUGUUGCUGUGCUUUAUUAAUGACGUACGCUCAUAGCCUUGAAGCUUAAACAAAUCUUCAGUGUAAAAAAUGAUAAUUAUAGUAGCCACGUCCUGCUGAGUACGUCUUGUCAAUGUAUAAAAUAAAAAGGAAGUAUGCUGAUUAAGAGGGACGUAACUUGUACAGAACUUUAAAAAGGAUUAUCAUUGCCCAUGUGUAGCAUGGCAGUGUCAUGUAAUAAACUUGAUGUUAACUUGUUACGUAGUGUAAUCAGCUAUGUAGGACCGUGAAUUGCCGCCAUGAUAUUCGGCUCCCACCAGUUGCCAGAGACAAGACCUAGAGUAAACGGAAUGUAACAAUUCGUAGGAUAAUUUUUUACCGACAUAGGGGAUGAAGAAGACAUGAGCAAGUACUGUCUUCGUCUUUUUCUUUUUUUUUCUCCAUCGUGUCAAUAGGGGACAUCGCAUCCUUGUCAUGCUGAGCUUUCCAUCCUCUGAUAUAAAUUGACUCAGAGUGGGUGUACUUGUAUGUGUAUGACCGUUACACUUAUUUUUUAAUUGAUUAGGGCGUUUGGAAAUAUUUCUUUGAAUUGCUGAGGGCAGUGCUGGGAAAAAACCCUUUUGCUGACACACUGAGCAGGGCACCAGUAAAAAAAAGCCUUAUAGUCGUAUGUAAUUCCAUAACUUGUACUCUGCCCUCUUUUGAAUAAUUGGGUCUAAAAGUUCGGUUAAUUUUUUUUUUCAUUUUUCAAAAAUCUUUGCUCUAGAAGAUACAAACUGGCAAUUUAUGUCCAUGGCUUUAAACUUAGUAUGCACGUAGUACAUGCAAUGUACAGACUGCACAACACCAUCUGUACAAAAAAAAGUAAUAGAAAAAAUCCAAGCGUAAUACUUAGAAAGUCGGUGAUCAGUACAGUUUGCUUCAAGGUGGUUUGCCAAAGUUUAAUUGUUGUGCAAGCAUCUAUAUGACUGUCCUAGAGCUGAGUGUACAUGUGCAUGCGGUCAGUGUAAAAGUGACACUGUUGGUGUAAUCUCUAACGACUUAUUAAUGGCCAGAGGAUCACUUGCAAUUCUUAUCCAAAUAAAUAAAUAAAUACAUAAAACAGGUCAAACUAUAAAAAGCAAAUGGUCCUGUUGGCCUAGAAAGCAGCUUGAUUUUGCAAUGAUUCUCCUACCAUCUAAAUAUAAAGCAAGUUGAAGGAUAUCCACGGGCAGUAAUUAUUCCCUCAUGUCAUAUGUAACCUUUAACCUUUGGAAUCUCGUACUCAGUGUGUGGGCUUUCAGUUUUCAGUGUAUGAUAUAAAUAGGGCAGGGGUGCUUGAAAAAAUAUUUCAAAACCAGUCGCAAGCUUUGAAGUAAACUGGGAAAACUGACAGUAGAAACAAGCUUUUGCUAAUGAAAAUUUGGUACACUUCCCUUCCUUUUCAUCACUGUUCAUGAUGUUUGCAAAAAAGUUGCAUUUCAAAUUUUUUAGAGUUUGAUGAUUCCCAUAAACAAAUUUGAAUACCCACUUUUUAUUUUCAACAAACAUUGAAUUUCAUCUUGAAUUUUGGGUAGGAAACAGACUUGUGAGUGUGCUGGUAAACUGUGAAAUCUAGCACGGGCCUGUUGCCGGGAUACAGUUAUGUGCUGAGCUGAAGCAAACAGACUAUGGAGAACCAGUCUCUGUCAAUUCACAUUGCAUGAUUAUUUUGGCGGGUAGACUGCCCGAAUUUUCCAAGCAAAACCAUUUCUGCAGUAAAGAAACAAGUACGUGUAGUCUUGAGCAUGAGUGAUGUGUAGUGGGUACCAAUCAAAAUUGUAGGAAAUAAAGAAGUACACGUAUAUUCACCGCAUUUUCAUGGAAAAUUUUGUUUCCACUCAUGAGGCACCAGACAUGAAUUGUGGACAGAAAUUUGAAAGUUCAGAGCGCCAAGCUGACCAAAGAAGUCUGAUAAAAAAGCAAAUAAUCUCAAUUUUGAAACGAAGGGGAAACCUCGAAGAUAUUAAAUGGAAAGUCCCCAUGUGUACACAAAGUAAUACGCUCUCCGUCGUCUUAAAAGUGAUUUCUUAGAAGUUGGAAAUGAAUUUAUUUUUUUAAUGAAUUUAUGUGCUUAAUCUAGGCCCUAUAGUCUUCAAUUAUCUUGAAUUGAAAGUGAGGUUAACUUUUUUCAUUUUUGGAACCUGUGAGUAAAGAGAACAGCAACAAAACAAGAUAACACAUUAAUGCCAGUUUUGUUAAAUUAGAAGUUGUGAUUAUGUGUCUAAACAUUUACGCCACACUGUAAAAUAAAAACUGAAAGUGAGGUUUGGACUCCAAAACUGUCUGGCUCCACCAACUACGAUAGAUUCAGUGAACACGAUAAAAAAUGGCUUUCCCUAAAAAGGUCCAUUCCCCAGACUUGUCGGGGGGAGAAUAAAAUAUCUCAACAGCAGCAGGUUACCAGCCAGUAUAUUCCAUGCAAUGUGCACUGCUUGUGACUGGUUCCCGGAUGAUUAUUGCUUACCCAUAUUAAUGUGUUAAGCAGUGUUUCUGCUUCCAAGUUUCACCACAUCGGUGCCCGGAAGUUGAAUUUCACCGACGAAAUAACUGUGUUUUGUGGAUGUACGUUUUCAUUUAAUUUUUUUUAAUUAUUUCUAAUUCAGUACGUAAAAUAAUACUACAUCUAUAAUCCGUCAGACAUUUACAGAAUUGGACAUUGGGUUUUCCGAGGUGCAGUGUGUACAGUGUAGCAUUGACAAAGAUUGCCUUUUGUUUUUGGAAGCAUGAAUUUUUACGUGUAGUUAUUUAUUUUGAUGUUUAAUUCAUAAUUGAUGUGAAAUCAUAUCUCUACUAUGUUAAUUACCGAUUAUAUUUGUAACAGCAGCAGACAAUUUUUUUCUCCCUUUUUUUGUAAUUGUAUGUUUCCUGAUUAUCUCAUUAUAUAGUGACCUAAGUUAUAUGUGUGGUUAUCUGAAGACAGAUGCGUUGUAGGUACAUGUACCAAGCUGUGUUAUCGGCAACCACAUUGUCUGGAAACUUAGUUCUUGAAUGGGGUUUGAAGAAUUAGAACACAUUAGCAGUGACUCAUCUUUACAAGCAAAACACUUCAAAUCACCGGCAGUUACCUCUCUUUGGAAGCAAACAAUUAUCAAUCAUCUCCCCACGUUUCAUGAUUUCCCAUUGACCCGGAUAGCAAAAAUCCUUCCUGUGAUUGUCUUAAACCUACUGUGUGGUUGGGACUGCUUAUAUGAACAGACUGUUCACUGUGUAAAAAAGCUGUGAAUGUUAUACCUGCUGAUUAAAAACGACACACUUGUCCUGUUAGUGUGGCUUUGUUGUGUA